AUGGCUUCAAUGCUGCCGGACGAAGUGCAGGUACCGCCGAAUGGCGAGGCUUCCGGGCAAUCCUCCCGGCCUCUCACUCCCGGAAUCGAUGGAAACCAGCCAGAUGCUCAGCAAAAGGUCAAGGGCCGCAAGAGGCUUCUCAAGGGUAUACAGCGGAUAGCCUCCAGUCCUUCUCUGGUAAGGUUGAGCCGGGGUCGUUCUGUUUCUGAGGGCUCUCGACGAUUCAGAACAGGAGCAUCCAUGUCUUGCGUCUCUUUGACUUCAAGCCUCUCGCACCGUAAUUGCUGGGAUGACCCGACCGCGCGACUUGCUGCUACUGGUGCCGACGCUGACGACCACCACCAACCGAGUCGGAUGGUUGGGACAGAUCUUACCGGGCAAAACCAGACCUCUAUACCGCUACCCACAGACAUGCGACCGUCGUCUCGCGCCGUGAUGCUGGAUUCUACAGCAGAAGCAGAUGCUGAUAGCGACAUGGAGGUGACCAUGGAGGUAGAGGAAGAGGUUCCGGUGAAGGAUACUUGGGCUGAACUGCCCAUGGAAAUCAGGAUGAAUAUUAUCGGAUAUCUCAGCCCGAAAGAAUUAUUUAGAUGCUCGGUGGUGUCCAAGAGUUGGUACGCGAUGUGUUUUGACGGCCAGCUGUGGGCACAAUUAGAUACCUCGGCUUACUACCAGGAAAUACCACGAGAUGCUUUGCUCAAAGUCAUUCUGGCUGCUGGACCGUUCUUGAAGAACCUCAGUCUACGUGGAUGCAAUCAGCUGCUUGAGGUAUGGUGUUCAGAGGGCGAACGUGUGACCGAUGUGUGCCGGAAUUUGAUCAAGUUGAAUGUCGAGGACUGUUUGUUAGAUAAGGCGACGGCUCACUACUUCUUCACUCGCAACCCACGAUUGAGGCAUAUUAACAUGUGUGGCGUCUUUACGGCCACUAAUUCGGCUAUGAAAGCUAUUUCCGAGAACUGUCCCAUGCUAGAGUUCCUCAAUAUCUCUUGGUGCCGUGGCAUUGACACCAAAGGGCUGUCUUGGGUAGUCAAGUCGUGCACUCAGCUAAAGGAUCUGCGAGUGAGCCGACUCGAAGGAUGGGACAACGAGAGCGUCAUGUCAGAAUUGUUCAAAGUGAAUACACUAGAACGAUUUAUCUUAUCCGAUUGCGCGUCCUUGACCGAUGCUAGUUUGAGGACGCUCAUCCAAGGUAUUGACCCAGAAAUCGAUAUCUUAACCGGUCGUGCUGUCGUUCCUCCACGAAAACUCAAACAGCUGGACCUGUCUAACUGCCGCUCUCUGACUGAUAAUGGCGUGAAAUGUCUUGCACAUAAUGUUCCUGAACUUGAGGGCCUCCAUGUCUCCUUCAUCAGCAGCCUAACAGACCACACUGUUGCGCACAUCAUCAAUACAACCCCGAAGUUGAGAUAUCUCGAUUUAGAGGAACUCGGUGAACUGACGAAUUUUGUCCUUACGGAGCUGUCAAGAACACCAUGUUCCAAAACCAUUGAGCAUCUAAACAUUAGUUUCUGUGAGAAAAUUGGAGACACAGGAAUGUUACCAUUACUACGAAAGAGCCCCAAGCUUCGUUCCCUCGACUUGGACAACACGCGUGUCUCUGAUCUUACGUUGAUGGAAAUCUGCUCUCAAAUGCGAAAACGCGGUGUUGGGCCUGAACUCCCUAAGAUCGGAUUACGCCUAGCGGUAUUUGACUGCGGAAAUGUAACGUGGGCUGGGAUUCGCGAGGUCCUUUCCAACAACUGCUCUGUCCCCUGGAUGACCUACCCUUCUUCCGGCGCACCAAGUCAGCUCCGUCGACCGACGCCUCCACAUUCCCAUGGUUACUCCGAUGCUGAAGAGGACGAGGAAGGGGGUGACGACGACGACGACAGCUCUUUCACAGACUCUAGUGAAAGCUCUCUCACAUCCACACCUUCUGAUUCUGGGGCAUCCACCCCCUUCCCAUCCGCAUCACCCCCACUCCCACAGCCAACUCCUCGCCCAAACCUCUACCCAACCGAAAUCAUAAGCCUUAAAUGCUUCUACGGAUGGCAGAUGACCGUUGAUGAACAUACAAAACGAGUCUUGCGCGGAAAUCUCGCAGCAGCAAUGCGCCUUGAGAGGAAAUGGGGUGACUACAUGAUGGCCAACGAAGAAGCAGGUGGCACAACUAGAAGAAGUAGGCGUCGAGCAAGAGACCUGGAGGCUCUUUAUGACCUGGAUGAUGACCAGGAGUAUGGUUAUGGGCCAGCUGGAUUGGCACCAUUGGGUGGGAGAAGAAGAAGAGCGAGAAGCGGAGGUUGUCUCGUGAUGUGA